GUCCACCAGCCACAGAACCAGGGACCACCUUGCCAAGCACUACAACGCAGCCUUCGCAUACACCAAGACCCACACCGAGCUCAGGUCCAUCAACAUCAAAUGCCACGAUCCCCUCACUAGCCACUACAACGCAGCCUCCAAAUACACCAUCAUCAUCUAGACCUACACCAAGCUCGGGCCGUGCUUCCUGCAGUGCCUCUGGGGAUCCACAUUAUAACACUUUUGACCACAGAGUUCAUAAUUUCAUGGGAAAUUGCACUUACACCCUCUCCAAAGUGUGCAACAUCUCUGAGACGCUUCCAUACUUUGAUGUAUCCACAACAAAUGAGCACAGAGGAGCCAACACCAAAGUCUCUUAUGUGAAAUCAGUGCAAGUGGAAGUCUAUGGCAACCAGAUUUCUUUGCUGAAAAACAAGAAAGUGAACGUGAAUGGCAGCAGAAUGAACCUGCCUGUAUUUAUUGAAAAGAAGAUCAGUAUUCAAAGCAGUGGUGGAUAUGUUCUCUUGGAAACUGACUUUGGACUGUGGGUGAGAUAUGAUGGAAAUCACUAUGCAGAAGUCUCUGUGCCCUCUAAUUACAGUGGUCUGCUCUGUGGCCUCUGUGGUAAUUAUAAUGGUGAUCCGAAUGAUGACAACAUAAAGCCCACUGGUGACAUUGCAAGUGGUUCCACUGAUCUUGGACAAAGUUGGCUUGUGCCUGAGAAUAACACCAUAUGCUCCAAUGGGACAGAAGAGCAAUGUGAUCCUGUGCUGGAGAGUGAAGCAAAGAAGAACACAGUAUGUGGCAUGAUCACAGACCCUACAGGAAUCUUCAAGGAUUGUCAUACCAAAGUGCCUCCUGAGAAUUUCUUUGAAAACUGUGUUUACGACAUGUGUUUCACUGGUGGACAGGCAACAUCCUUAUGCUAUGGACUGCAGGCCUAUGCUGAGUCAUGUAUCAAUGCUGGGAUAUGCAUAGAGUGGAGGAAUGCUACUCUUUGCCGACCAAACAUCAGGAAGACUUUUAUAAUUAUUUUGCCCUUUUGA